GCAGCUGCGGCGGCGGCCACACAGCCUCCGUUAUCACAGCUAGUGGCGAUGACCGCCAUAGAGUGUGGUGCGGUCACGGCACGGUUAUUGUCUGUAGUUGAAAGUCGUUUUAGUUGAUAACCGCGACCGUCAGCGGACGAUGUAGUUGUUUUGCGGCCAGCAGUGUAGUGUUGCGUUCGUUAGUUGCUUUUUUUAAUUUUUUUCUCUCUCUUUUGUUUUGAUUUUUUUUUCACGUUUUGCCGUUAUACAGAGUUAAUAUAUUUUUUAUAAUUACAACGUUCGUCAUUAAGUAUUCAUAGGGAGAAAAAACCGUACCGCCCGCCCCCGUGUGUCCGUCUAGCAUGCAUAUUGGAUUAUACCGAUCGAUGAAGAAUAGAGUAAUUAUUAACUGCCCCCGUUUUUGACAAGUCUACUGCACACGACCGAUACCCGUCGUCAUGUUCUGGUCUGCCGUUGUCUAGUUGUCCGAGCUCGAGCGAUACCACCGACGACGACUGGACACGGCAACGACUGUUCUACGGUGACCGCCAUGAGGGAAGAAUACAACAUCGACUGGGUCAUACCCAAACUGAGAAGCCAACGGACCCUGUGGAAGGUCGCGUCCAACAUAACGAUGGUAGCGGUCGGCUUGUUCAGCAAGAUCAUAAUCAGUUGGCUUAACAAAACGAAAUUUUAUAACACCAAAACGUUCUUAGAUGCCAUUGACCGACCCAAACAUGUGCCGCUCAUUACAGUUUCCAAUCACGACUCCUGUUUCGACGAUCCUGGAAUUUGGGCUGCUUUCGACUGGAAAAGUGUAUUCUUAGCAAAACAAACCCGUUGGUCUUUGGCGGCAAACGACAUAUGUUUUACAAAUCCAUUUUGUGCUUAUUUCUUCAUGCUCGGCCAGUGUAUACCGACCAUUCGAGGAUCUGGAGUCUACCAGGACGCUGUCAAGUUCAGCAUAGAACUGCUGUCGAAGGGUCAUUGGCUGCACUUGUUCCCAGAGGGCCGUGUGAACAUGACCAAAGAGUACAUACGUCUCAAAUGGGGAGUCGGACAAAUGAUAUACAAAGCGCCGAUCAUGCCCAUAGUCAUACCGAUUUGUCACGUCGGCAUGGAAGAGAUACUGCCCAACACGCCGCCGUACUACUUACGGACGGGUCGUAAGGUGACAUUUAAUUUCGGCGAACCCAUCGACUUGCAAACCCUAGUGAACGACCUACGUGAAUCGGGUGCGAGCGAAGAAGUAGCCCGAAAAACGAUCACCGACAAGAUCGAGGAAGAACUGUACAAACUGAAAAAGGAUACGGAACUGUUACAUAAAAAGUUAAACUCUUGACGGCCUCGUUGGCUAUUUCGUACAGAAAACUAUUAAAUAUUAAUAAUAGGUUUUCUAUAAGCGGUGAUAAGAGUUUUUUUUUUUUUUUUAUCAUUAUAAGUUGUUUGAGUAAUUAUUAUUAUUAUUAUUAAAUAGUUUAUCGUGUAAUUGUUUUUUUAUCAUUUUAAAAACUAAGAUCUACAAAACAGAUGUAAUAUUAUAUUAUUAAUUUUUACCAAACCUUAAUUCUUUAUUAUUUAAAGAAUGGUUUCUUUGUUAUUAUGUUGUAAUGAUUAUAUAUUAUUUAGACAAAUAAUAAUAAUUACUUGUACGACAUAAUACAUAGUUAUCGUUGUUGUUUUUAUUUUUAAAAUAAGGUGAUUACAAUUAGAGAUAUUAAGUAUUAAAAAAUAUUGCAUCUAGCUGGUAUAUAUAUAAAAAAAAACUUACGAUUGUUUUUAAUCACUGUUAAUUAUAUUCCGUCCAGACAAGUUACAUAUUUAAUAUUAGUGAAUUACUUUGCCAACCACGAAUUUAAACCAAUUAAGUUUUGUAGAAUGCCGAAUGUUUAUGGUUUUAUUCAUUUAUACUUUUAUAAAACUUAGUUAUAACUCAAGUUACGAUUUUUUCAAAAUAAUGUUAUUUAUGUAUAUUAAAUUUUAUUUUUAUUAAUAGCAUGUACUAGUCAAUAAAUUGUGUUGUACAAUAACUGUACAACAUCUUUUAUUUGGUUUUCUUUUUAUACAUAUAUAUAAGGUAAUCUGUAUUAGAUUUACAUUAUUUUUAAGUUAAAUCCAACACAGUUGUUGCCUUGCACAAAAUUUGUCGUACGUAUUGUGUUCAAAAUAAUAUUUUUAAAAAAAUUAACUGACCCGUUAUUUUUUUAGUAUAAUGUUUUUUUUUUAAAAAUUGUAUUAUAUAAAUUUGUGAUCAUAAAUACAACUUUUUAUAAGUGUAUAAAUCGAUAUUUUCAAAUUAAUGUUAAUUUUGUAUAUAACUCUUUGGUGGUAUUUCAAAACUUUUCUAAUUUUCAUAUGUUUAGCCGUAUAAUUAUGUUUACAGAUUAAUGGUUAUGUUUAUUAACGCAAUUUGACUGUUGAAGUUAAUACCACUUUUAUACUAUGUAUAAUUAUUUAAGUUUUACGAGGCGCUAUUAAAUUUAUUAUGGUUGUAAAAUCGAAUCGACACAAAAAACAAUAUUUUAGUUUUAAGACAACGGUAUUAUUCUCAUUAAGGUUAAAUCUAAAGAAAUGUUUGCUGUAACUUUCUGUUUGUAACUAAUUUACUUAAAAUUGUACAUAAAUUGCCUAAAACUUAUCAUGACAAUUUUUUACCCGAGGUAAUUUACCAAUGGCACAAAAGCGGGAAAUUAAUAUUAAGUUAUCUCGUAUGGAUAUAAUGUGUAUAUAUUUGUUAUUUGUUUUUACCAAUUUAAAUCAUUAAAAUUGCCUGUAAACUGCCCAUACUGUUAACAUCACUAGCGGUGUCGGUGACAACGACACAUAAGUUCAAUGUAAAUUUGCAUUGUACUUGGGAUAAAUAGUUUUAAGUUGAUAUUUUUAUAAAGAAAAUAUAAUUUUUAAUUUGUCGAGUA